UGCCGCCGUGAACACUUCAUCAAGAGACAACAUCAAACAGCCUGUUAAGAGAUUGACAUCGCAAAUUGCAAAAUUGCACCGCGUUACGAUGAUUUAUAUUGUAAUUCUAGUUUGUCUGCACCGAGCCGAGGCGCUGUUUGAGAAUCGUGUUUUGGGUCCAGCUGAUCUGAAGUUCCAAUACCUGGAGCCAUGUGACAAAGACGUGGAAGAACCAUUCAGGUUCGCCCUAGACCAGAAGAAGUACAAUCGCACCGUGUACAUCUGGGAAAUAUCUAUGGAUACUGAGUAUCUCGUAGAUGACACUUUGACUGUUGAAGUGAACCUGGCUGUAAAGAAGCAGGGUGGGUACAAGCAAGGCGCGUUCUACAUGUACAAGCCCCUGUGUGAGGCUCUGAAGACAAUGAUUGGAGACAUUUACAAGGAAUUCCUUACCAAAGCAGCAGGCGUCGACGACUGUCCUGUGCCGCCUGGCUCGUACACCAUGAAAGAUUUCCACUUUGACAAUUCUGAGUUCACGAUACCCCAGCUGUAUGGAGAGUACGAGAUGACAUCUUACAUAUACAAGGACGAGCAGCGCAUCAGCUGCCUUAGAGCUUACUAUGAGCUGGCCCGAAAAGGCUCGGAGUAA